AUGACAGCAAACCAAAGGUGUGCUACCCCAAUUGCUCAAGGUGAUCCUAAUACUCCCCCUAUCUUGCGAUCUGGCAGUGUUGUUAGGAACCAGGAAAACUCUUUUAAGAAUUCUGAACAGGGAACUAAGGCAAAGGUCAAGAUUAUUUCGGAAGACAUAGAAGAUGAGGUAGAGUUUUGGAGACCAUCUCUUGUGUGCUAUGUGUUAGGGGCAAAUCGCCCAUUAUCUGUCAUUGAUGGUUUUAUUAGAAGAUUUUGGAAGGGAGAAGUUGAUAGGGUGGGAAUGAUUACCUAUGGAGUGUUCUUGGUUAGAUUUAAUUCGGUUCAAACCAGGGAUAGAAUUUUGAAUGAUGGCUAUGUUUUCUUUAAUAAGAGACUGGUGAUCAUGAAAGCGUGGGAUCCCGAUACAAAUUUCAGGAAGGAGGAUAUCACCUCAAUUCCCAUUUUGAUUCAGGUUAAAGACCUGGAACUAAAAUAUUUGGUUGAAAAAUCCUUGUUUAAGAUAGUUGGACAAUUAGGGAACCUGCUUCAGGUGGAUACAACAAUAAAAGAAAGGAAUAAACUUACCUUUCCCAGGAUGUUAAUAGAGGUUUCGGUUCACCAAGAGUUCCCUGAUGCUAUCUUUUUUGAAGAUGAAUAUGGGGGAAAUGUCAAGGUGCCGCUUAUGUAUGAAUGUAAGCCUCUAAUUUGUGGCCAUUGUAAAGGCAUGGGUCAUGAGACUGAUGAGUGCAGGAAGAAAGCUAGUACAAACCAACAAUGGGUAGUCGAAGAGAAGAAUAAGGAGGUGAGUAAACCAGAGGCAAAUAGAGGGCCUGUUGUAGAUGCUGGUGGAUUUCAGAAGGUUUCCAAGAGUACAAAGGAGAGGGGGAAGGAAGUAGUUUCUGCAGUUCGUACCAUAAUGCUUUCCAAUCCCUAUCUUUGA